AUGACAUCAGCAACGACCCUCACGAGUCCCAGGACUCGUGCUGUCAACAAUGAAACAAUUACCAUGGAAAUACCUCUCAAAGACGUUGUAAUGGUCCAAUUAUUCCUCUAUGCCGAUGAUUCCGUCAAAGGGAUCAGUUUCAACUACCGAGACACCGACAUAAUAGAUUUUGGGUGCUGCGAGGCCGAGCCUGGCGGCUGGUUCCCUUUCAUGAAGCCGGAAUAUCUCCUCUUCACGCCGCUAUCAGGCCACCCGGUGGACCGCGGAUUCUUUCCGGUCGAAUGUAUUAACUUCGCGGCGAGUCUGGACGGCACCGAGACGCAGACGAACUCCAUCCGCAUGAAGGGCUCACUGGUGUUCCGCCUUUCUAUUAACGGUUUAGAGAUUGAUGCUCGAGAUGAGAAGGAUAAGAAGGAGGUACCGCUGCUUAUCGAAGCCGUGCAGGAAGCCGAGAAGCGCCGGGAUACUGUCGCCGGCACGAGGAUCAGGAUUCUCGGGAUCAUGGGGGAGGUGCAGGAUCAUACUUUUCUAUGCGACCGUUGCGGCAACUUGGACGCUCAGAUUCUCCUCUCCUCCACGCGUUGCAGUCCCUGGCAGGUUGCCGAUGUUGUCGCCUCUGCUCUAACGACAGGAUGCAAAUUUUGCUGCUUGCUGGUGGACACCCUACGACCAGUCCUCGUGGAUGAGAAAGGUCGCAAUGGCACACUCACCGAUAAAGCGCUGUCCAAGCUGCAGGACAUGAAGACGAAAUCCAAGACUGUCGCGCGUUAUCUCGCCCCCAAGGUUGAGAAAAUUCAACGGGAGCGUGAUGGAUGGAUCACCUUCUUUGUUCCUCAGGAAGUAAAAGAUGGCCAAGAAGUUGACGAAACGCGGUCCGAUGGUAUCGCGCGAGUCCAUAUCGCCGUGACGGGAUCGAAGCAUGUCAACGGCAAUAGAGAAGCCGAGUUCAUUCUCGCCCCAGGGCCAGGCAUGCCGCAGUCCCCCUCGAACUCCGGCUCUGGGUUGCCUUCUCUGUUCCCCAGAGGGACGCUCCUCCGGGAAACCUCGCAGUCGCUCACCGAGCUCUCCACCGCCAUCCAAACCUGGCGUCAACACUGCCACGAUACGCAUGAAUGUUGGAAGCCCCUCGCGCAGCGCCGCAACCGCAACGCCGAAUACAUCGAUGACGGCCUAGGCGACCUCAUGCGGUAUGACUGGUAUACUCAGCAUCGGCCGGGCCACCUACCGCCCGUCGAGCCUUACGAGCUUCCACCGUUGGAGCUGGAGCACGGCCGCCUAGACUGUGCAGCGCUGCCGAGCCGAUGUCUUGAGGUCGUAUCGGGCGAUGAAGGCCAGUGUUGUUUCUGGCUGCGGGAAACGGCGGGUGAGGUGGGCAAGUAUGUGAUUCUGAGCCAUCGUUGGGUGCCGGAUACAGAGAGGGUGAGGACCCUCAAAGGUAACUAUGAGCUCCGCGUGGGCGGCCUUGGGAAAACCCCACCAAUCGCGCCUGGCGACGUCACGAAGCUGUUCCAUGAAGCGGCGCAACUGACCGUACAGCUGGGCCUCAAGUACAUCUGGAUCGAUUCCUUGUGCAUCGUACAAGACGACGCGGAUGAUUGGAAGCGCGAGGCCACCAAGAUGGCGAGCUAUUACGAAAACGCAUGGCUUACGAUUGUGGGAAGCUCAGGCGAAGGCCUAUACCAGCCCAUCGACUCAGAGGUUCUGCCCCCUGUAGUGCAUCUUCCAUACAACAACGCCGCUGGACAGCGCGCGGGUGCCCUUUCGAUCCAGCCCGUGUCCAACCCGCACCUGCGUACCCUCUACACCCAGGCCAUCACCAAUAGUGAGGUGCUCUCCCGCGGCUGGGUGUUCCAGGAGUGGCUGCUCAGCCCCCGCAUCGCCGCCUUCUCGCAGAAUGCAGGCGUUUUUCUCGUCUGCUCCGAAGACCUGCCGCAGUCCGCCCUUCUCAACGACAAGGUGCAGGAGGAGCGGCCGGGCCUGCCGGAUAAAUCCUACAAGAACGCGCUCGAUCUCAGCUUGGUGGGGCAGUCCGACAUUUCUGAAAGCUGGCGGCGCGUUGUGGAGGCUUACUCAGGGUUGAACCUGACCAAAGUAGGAAACGACCGCCUCAUCGCGCUGUCGGGCGUCGCGUCCGAGUUCGGGGCUGCGCUUGGGACUGCGCGGAAAAGGCUGGACUGGCACAAGCCACCAGGGCCUGCAGAGUACUUGUGUGGCCUGUGGGGGCAAGAGUUGGGACGGGGCCUGCAGUGGGAGAUUGUGGACCGGAGCCGACCCCUCGUGCGAGUGCCUGGGUUUCCGUCUUGGACGUGGGCCUCACUGGGUCGUGCACCAGCAGAUGAAGGCACAAGCCAGGUUGAAAAUGUGGCGGCGCGGUGGCAUACGCAGUGGCGUCGGUUUUCAGGAGAGUGCUUCGAGCUGCAAGAAGUGCGCCACGUCGUCGCCGACCUGACGAGUAAUCCGUCCCUGUUGGACCUAGCCGAAGCGCGUCCAAUUACCUCUGACGCCCUGGCCAGUGAUUUUGGCAUCGAGAAUCGCUUCCUGGCCCUCCGCAUGAAAGGCCAGCUGAGAAGGAAUUUCCGUCUCGAACAAGCAUUACCUGGUGGGCAGCAGGAUCUUUCUCGCGUCGCAGAGCUCACUGCAAAUUACCUGAUCGGCGCCGAUCCGAGGGAAGCGAGCCUGAAGUCUGCCAAUGCCAAGGGCGAACUGUCUAUAAGCGACGCAUGGUACCAGCUCACCCCGCUCAGCGGAAAGGGCAAAGCAUUUGGAUGGGCGUCUUUUGAUGAUGCCAACCUGCGCGUGGAAAAUACCGACACAGGCCCUUGUAUCGCCGACGACAGGCAAAGUCCUAUCUAUGUAUUCCGACUUAACCGAGCAAACAGGGUCUGGGUAGGGUCUUUUCCCAAUGAAAAGCAGGUAGAGGUGUUCGCGGUGCUGUUUGUGGCCGAAGUGGAAGCUCGCAUUGCUGAUGCGCCGUGUUUCGAAAGGCUAGGCGUGGGUCGGAUGAUCGACAAUCGACCUGGGGGCGUAUAUCGAGACCUCUUCACCAAAGACCAGAUCUUUUGGCUGAUCUGA